AUUAAAAGAGGGUGAAUCAUCAGAAUGGUGUGAUCAUCAGAGUACGAAGAAGUGGCACACUCGAGAUGUUGAAUAAAGUGUUUGAAUAAGAGUUGAAAGAAGUAAAGAAUUCUUUAACGAUGCGUGUCAGAAAUUUCGUAUCCCAGGUGUGUUGAUCUUUCUUUUCUUUUUUUUUUUCUUUUCUUUUUCUGACAAUCGCCCGGUGAAAAUUGCUGUAAUGUAAGAAUAUAUCCGUCCCUCCUUCCCAUCUCAACUAUGACGACCCGCAGGAUAACGAGAACUCGGCCGGGAUAAUGCGCCGCUAUGGUUAUCAGGACGGAUAUUUCCACGCUCGACGAGAGCAAUAACGAUCGGUUGUAAUUGGCCUAUCAUAUCGGAUUGAACAGAUUCGAUGGGAUCAUCAUCGUGUUCGCCAAAAGGAACUGGUUAGAAUACCCUGAUAAAAUCUCGUCCCUUUCUCUCUCUCUCGUUUCCUCUUGUUUUCGAUUGUUCAUCCUGUGCUUAUUGUGCUCCGUUUUCUCAAAUCGCGAGGAUUUGGUUUCGAGUGAAAAAAGUAUGCUACGAAGGACAAGUCUCGUGCUGUGAACGUCGCAAGUGUCCGGUGAUUCGAGCAAGAUAGAGGUGGUGACUUUCGUUCCAGAUGAAUGUUUAACUUGGUGGAAAUGUGCGGACAAUGAAGGCUCUCCGGGGAUUUGCAUAGACGUGCGCGUGGAAACUCCGACAAUGUGCAAUUCCGUGUUAAAGUGUUCGUGAACGGGUUUCUCGUUAUUCGUACGAUCCUCUCGGCUACCUGUAUCGCAUUCUGCCCAGCAAAGGAAUACGCAAGAACGAUGUCAUAGUCAGGUGCGAGUCGAGUUCACUUGGGGCACAAUGGCACUGUUGUUCGCCAUUAUUGUCAUCCUGGUCACCACUGCCAUGUCGCUGCCGCCGGUCAUCAGAAUCGGUGCAAUCUUCACGGAGGAUCAAAAAGACAGUCCUUCGGAAUUGGCAUUCAAGUAUGCCAUUUAUAAGAUCAACAAGGAUAAAACUCUGUUGGCGAACACCACGCUGGUCUACGAUAUUCAAUACGUCCCUAAGGACGAUUCUUUCCGAACAUCGAAGAAAGCGUGCAAGCAGCUGUCGAGAUCGGUACAAGGGAUCUUCGGCCCAUCCGACCCUCUUCUAGGCGCCCAUAUCCAGAGCAUUUGUGAAGCUCUGGACGUCCCGCAUCUCGAGGCCAGAGUCGACUUCGAGCCAACGUUCAAAGAGUUCAGUAUAAAUCUCUAUCCAUCUCAGGACCAUCUGAACAAAGCCUUCAAAGAUCUCAUGUCAUUUUUAAACUGGACCAGAGUGGCCAUAAUCUACGAGGAGGAUUACGGUUUAUUCAAGCUGCAAGAUCUCGUGAAAUCACCGCCUUCGGCGAGAACUGAGAUGUAUAUUCGCCAGGCAGGACCUGGUUCUUACAGGCAAGUUCUUCGAGAAGUCAGACACAAGGAGAUCUACAAGUUGAUCGUCGACACCGAUCCUGCGCACAUGCAACAAUUUUUUCGUGCGAUCCUCCAGCUGCAAAUGAACGAUUACAGAUAUCACUACAUGUUCACCACGUUCGACAUAGAGACAUUCGAUCUGGAGGAUUUCAAAUACAACAGUGUGAACAUGACUGCGUUCCGUCUUGUGGACCUCGAGGAACCAAAGGUGGCCGAAGUUCUGAGACAGAUGGAACGUUUCCAACCGAUUGGCCACGCUAUCCUCAACAAAACCGGAGUUAUCCAGGCAGAACCAGCUUUGGUGUACGACAGUGUGCAGGUUUUCGCACACGGUUUGGCGGCGUUGGAUCGAAGCCACGACCUGAGGCCCGCCAAUUUAUCAUGUGAAAAAGAGGAGCCUUGGGACGAUGGUUUGUCCCUUUACAACUACAUUAACGCCGCAGGUUUACACGGCCUAACCGGACAUAUCGAGUUCAACGAAGGGAAGCGUAAUAAUUUCAAGCUCGACUUGCUCAAAUUGAAGAAGGAGGAGCUGGUGAAAGUUGGCGAGUGGAAGCCCGGAUCAGGCGUUAACGUGACCGACGUCGGUGCUUUUUACGAGACCAGCGCCACUAAUAUCACCCUGGUCGUUAUGACCAGAGAGGAAAAACCAUACGUGAUGGUAAAGGAGGACAAGAAUCUGACAGGGAACGCGAGGUUCGAGGGAUUCUGCAUCGAUUUGCUCAAGUGGAUCGCUAAUCAGGUCGGGUUCCAGUAUGCCAUAAGAUUGGUGCCUGAUCACAUGUAUGGCGUUUACGAUCCAAAGACCAAGGAGUGGAAUGGAAUCGUUAGAGAGUUGAUGGAAAAGAGAGCGGAUCUGGCCGUCGCAUCCAUGACGAUCAAUUACGCUCGGGAGAGCGUGAUAGAUUUCACCAAGCCAUUCAUGAAUCUCGGUAUCGGAAUUCUGUUUAAGGUGCCCUCCAGCCAGCCAACGCGGUUGUUCUCCUUCAUGAACCCGUUGGCCGUUGAGAUCUGGCUGUACGUGCUGGCCGCGUACAUGCUUGUGAGCUUCACCCUCUUCGUUAUGGCUCGAUUCAGCCCGUACGAGUGGAACAAUCCACACCCGUGCCUGGGGGAGAGCGACAUCGUCGAGAACCAGUUUAGCGUCAGCAACAGCUUCUGGUUUAUUACCGGCACGUUCCUCAGGCAGGGCAGCGGGCUCAACCCCAAGGUUUCCGCUCGAACGCCGUCGAGGCUGUUCUCGUUCAUGAAUCCUCUCGCCGUGGAGAUUUGGUUAUCCAUGCUGGGCGCUUACGUGAUGGUCUCCCUAACGAUUUGGAUAGUGGCGAGGUUCUCGCCUUACGAGUGGGUGGAACCUACACCCUGUCCGAGCUGCAAAUGUCCGCUACAGGGUGGUCACGUGAGCGCGUUGGAUCCUGACAGCGACGACAUUCCUCUGCUGAGGACGGUCAACGAGUUCACCCUGGCCAACAGCUUCUGGUUUACGGUCGGCACGCUUAUGCAACAGGGCAGCGACCUCAACCCCAAGGCAACAAGCACGAGAAUAGUUGGUGGAAUCUGGUGGUUCUUCACAUUGAUCAUCAUCUCAUCUUACACGGCAAAUCUGGCUGCGUUCCUCACCGUCGAGAGAAUGAUCACGCCGAUCGAGAACGCAGCUGAUCUCGCUGAACAAACGCAAAUCUCGUAUGGAACGUUAGAGGGUGGAAGUACAAUGACGUUUUUCAGGGACUCGAAGAUCGGUAUAUACAAGAAGAUGUGGGAGUUCAUGGAGUCGAAAUCGCCCUCGGUUUUCGUGAAAAGCUACGAAGAUGGGGUGAAGAGGGUGCUCGAGGGUGACUACGCUUUCCUGAUGGAGUCGACAAUGCUCGAUUAUGCUGUACAACGAGAUUGCAAUCUCACGCAAAUCGGGGGCCUGUUGGACAGCAAAGGCUAUGGAAUUGCCACUCCGAAAGGCUCACCCUGGAGGGAUAAAAUAUCUCUGGCGAUUUUGGAGCUACAGGAGAAGGGUGUGAUACAGAUUCUGUACGAUAAGUGGUGGAAGAAUACCGGGGACGUGUGCAACAGGGACGAGAAGAGCAAGGAGAGCAAGGCGAACGCGUUGGGAGUUGAAAAUAUCGGUGGUGUCUUUGUCGUGCUGGUUUGCGGCCUGGCUCUGGCCAUCCUCGUCGCAGUCCUCGAAUUCUGCUGGAACUCGAAGAAGAACGCCCAAUCGGACAGGCAGGAGGGUGGAGCAUUGUCGAUGACGGAGAUGAAGAAAUCAUUGAGCUUCGAUCAAGUGGGAGCGGCCCGUGGCGGGAACACCUAGCACAGGCCUCAUCCUCAUCUUCAUCCUCAGCAGCAGCAACAGCAACAACAACAACCGCCACCGUGCAAAGCCACGCCCACGCACACACGUCACACACACUGCCACUCACAUUCACACAGCCACAGUCACAGCCAUACGCACAAACACCAACCACCCCCACCGAGGCAGAGACGGGGCUCUUCAAGCAUCGUCUUGGGUCAAGGAGGUGACCAUCCUGAGAGUAUUCUCUGGAGAUUCGA